AUGACCACCUGCAGCCGUCAGUUCACCUCCUCCAGCUCCAUGAAGGGCUCCUGUGGCAUCGGCGGUGGCUCCAGCCGCAUGUCCUCAGUCCUGGCCGGAGGGUCCUGCCGGGCCCCCAGCGCCUACGGGGGCCUGUCGGUCUCCUCCUCCCGCUACUCCUCCGGGGGGGCCUGCGGCCUGGGGGGUGGCUACGGUGGCGGCUUCAGCAGCAGCAGCAGCUUUGGUGGGGGCCUGGGUAGCGGCUUUGGUGGAGGUUAUGGUGGUGGCCUGGGUGCUGGCUUUGGUGGUGGCCUCGGUGCUGGCUUCGGUGCUGGCUUUGGUGGUGGCUUUGGUGGUGGCGAUGGCGGCCUCCUCUCCGGCAACGAGAAGGUGACCAUGCAGAACCUCAACGACCGCCUGGCCUCCUACCUGGACAAGGUGCGGGCCCUGGAGGAGGCCAACACGGAGCUGGAGGUGAAGAUCCGGGACUGGUACCAGAGGCAGCGGCCCAGUGAGGCCAAGGACUACAGCCCCUACUUUAAGACCAUUGAGGACCUGCGGAACAAGAUCAUCGCUGCCACCAUCGAGAAUGCUCAGCCCAUUCUGCAGAUCGACAAUGCCAGGCUGGCGGCGGACGACUUCAGGACCAAGUACGAGCACGAGCUGACCCUGCGCCAGAGCGUGGAAGCCGAUAUCAACGGCCUGCGCCGAGUGCUGGACGAGCUGACCUUGGCCAGGACCGACCUGGAGAUGCAGAUCGAGGGCCUGAAGGAGGAGCUGGCCUACCUGAAGAAGAACCACGAGGAGGAGAUGCUUGCCCUGCGGGGUCAGACUGGCGGGGACGUCAGCGUGGAGAUGGACGCUGCCCCCAGUGUGGACCUGAGCCGCAUCCUGAACGAGAUGCGUGACCAGUACGAGCAGAUGGCAGAGAAGAACCGCAGAGACGCGGAGGCCUGGUUCCUGAGCAAGACCGAGGAACUGAACAAAGAAGUGGCCUCUAACAGUGAGCUGGUGCAGAGUGGCCGCAGUGAGGUGACUGAGCUCCGGAGGGUGCUCCAGGGCCUGGAGAUUGAACUGCAGUCCCAGCUCAGCAUGAAAGCAUCCCUGGAGGGCAGCCUGGAGGAGACCAAAGGCCGCUACUGCAUGCAGCUGUCCCAGAUCCAGGGACUGAUCGGCAGCGUGGAGGAGCAGCUGGCCCAGCUCCGCUGUGAGAUGGAGCAGCAGAGCCAAGAGUACCAGGUCCUGCUGGACGUGAAGACACGGCUGGAGCAGGAGAUCGCCACCUACCGCCGCCUGCUGGAGGGCGAGGAUGCCCAGUGAGUGCCCCCACUACUUCUGUCCCCCAGACCCUUUAGCCCUGUAGCGGCUCCCAGCACAUCUAACUGCUCUGCCUUGUCUCCCUCACAGCCUCUCCUCCCAGCAAGGGUCCAGCCAUUCCUAUU